AGCACUUCCGCAUCGUGAAAUAUGUGGAGAAAGAAUCUCAGUGCUUUCGUCUCUUCCGUCUUGCUCUUGCUGCCAUCGUCUGCGUCUGGAAGGCUCGACACCCUCGACAUACAUACUAGCUCGGGGAUUUUCAGAGGCGUCGCAACAGCAAAUGGAACAGAGCGUUGGCUGGGCAUUCCAUUCGCUCAACCACCCAUUGGGUCAUUGCGUUUCAAAGCUCCUGUACCCUUCGUCAAUCGGUCGACGUCCAUACAGGAUGCCUCCACCUUCGGGAAUGCUUGCCCACAAGUUCCUUCGACCAGUCUUGGCGCGCCUCAGUCGGAGGACUGCCUGUUCCUGAACGUUUUCCGCCCCAGCAACAUCAGCACCUCAGAGAAGAUCCCCGUCUUGGUCUGGUUCUAUGGCGGCGCCUUCAUGAAUGGGGCUGCUUCUAAUCCACAGUUCGAUCCCACGUUUCUCAUCCAGCGCAGCGUUGCGACCAGCAAGCCGAUAAUGUUUGUUUCUGUCAACUACCGCGUCAACACCUUUGGCUUCCUGGCAAGCAGCCAUGUUCCUGCCUCGGACCUGAACGCUGGCUUGCAGGACCAGCGAGCCGCCCUCGAGUUCCUUCAGGAGAAUAUCGCCGCCUUCGGAGGUGACCCGGAGAAGGUUACUAUAUGGGAACAGUCCGCAGGCGCAGGGAGCGCUGAAGCACAGGUUCUCUUCCCUUCUUCAAAGAAGUUGUUCAGGGCGGCGAUUUUCGACUCUUCUACCGGACCAUUCAAGACGGCGCCGCCUGCGAGCACCUAUGACAAACCGGGCUUCCCGUUUGCAAGCCUGGUCAACCUGACCGGAUGCCCCUCCGGACCGGCGUCGUUUGCCUGCCUACAGAACCUUCCAUUUGAAACUCUCAACAACGUUUCAGUUGCCAUGACUAACGAAGUACUGAACGGCCAGCUGUGGCAGCCUACAGUAGGACCUGCAGGCAGUUUCAUCACCGAACGGCCCUCGCAGCGCAUCGCUAGCGGCAAGUUUCUCCACGUACCUAUCCUUGCUGGUACCAAUCUCAACGAAGGGACAGUUUUCAGUCAGUCAGUGCGCAACCUCAGCGUUCUGGCUAGCGAGGAAGACGCCAGAUUCGACACGUUCAUCAAGCAGCUCCUCAUCGACCCUUCGACAGUCACCCAAGAUGUCUUCGACACGAUCAACAGCCUAUACCCUGCCAAUGACUCCAGCCUGGGAGGCCAGUUCAAUACCGGGGAUUCGCUAUUCGACCGCGCGGAGGCGUGGUAUACUGACAAUAUGUACCUAUCCGCGAGACGGCUGUUGUUCGACAAGGCUGCAUCGCUUCAACCGCUCUUCGCCUACUUCUUCACGGAGUUCAUCCCUGGCAACGACCCGUCUUUAGGAGUCUUCCACGGGUCCGAACUGGAGUUGCUCUUCGGACAGUUCCCGGCCGUCGAGCAAGAAUUCGCCAACCAGAUGGCAGACUUCUACAUCAAUUUCAUCAGCGACUUGAACCCAGGCGCGCCAUGGCCUCAAUUCACGCCGACCAAUAGGGUCGUGCUCCAGCUCAUGCGGGACAAUAUCACCGCCAUACCCGAUGACUUCCUAGUCAAUAAGACCAUGUUCCUGGACUCGGCUCACGUACUGAGCGAGUUCCAGAAAUGAGAACAGCGCCCGUGACCGACAGAUGGAGGCUAGGCAUUCAAGGGGUAACUUUCAGCGAUUCUGAGAGCACCGAGAACGCACAUUCGCACAUCCACUCCUCCCCUUCGUCCCAGGAGAAUUGUUAGGGGCAGGAUGCUGUUAGCACAUGCUUUGUGAAUCUGAAGUUCGCCAUCUUAUCCAAUGGUGUUCGUCAAUCUG